UCGAAUGUGGAACCCGUGGCAGAUGUCGGGCGAGAGGGAGACUGUCUGAGGGCGAGGACGAGGGGAGACUGAGGAAACAGGUUCUUGUUUACGCACUUCAUCUGCUCUGUCAAGGUGCAAGUUUGACUCGCUGCGAGAAGCUUGAUAUUUCUGGAAAUUUGAGGCAUUCUGCUAUACUUGAAACCUCAGCAUUAUGGAGGUCGAGCUCACAGGAAUCUUGGAGGAUGAUGUUCGAACCCUUGUGAUCGAGAUAUUGAAUGGAACCCAGGAAUCGCUGCCAAGAGUUACUUCAACUAUCGCAAGAUUAGCCAGGACGGGAGUGGAAGAACGAACAUCGUUGUUUGAAGGUGAAGCCUUAGGUGCGCUAUCUACUCUAUGCACCAAGGACAACGAAAUCAAGAUUCAAGUUCAUGCCGCAUAUGCAAUUUCUGCUCUCGCAAGCAAUUUCACUUCGACAAUGGAUGAGAACAGAGUUUACGCAUACGGUGAUGUUCAAACAGAGGCCCUUCAACUGAAGCUUGUCCACACCUUGACCUCAAGCUUGACCUCGUGGCAUCCCGAGCUGCAGGCGGCGGCAGCUGAUGCGCUGGCCUCCUUGUGUUACCGGAACACUGAGGUUCGGAGGGAGAUGGGAAGACUGGAUGCGUGUCGUUUGCUUGUGAAUCUGCUGUACAGCCAACACGUCGAUGUUCAUAAAGCAGCUCUAUGUGCCCUUCGUGCAUAC